CAACCUUGUUCGGUCGAAGGUAGGUUCAGCCUGAACCUUGUACUCCACAUUAGGAGCUCUCGUCUGGUGAUCAGGCGUCGCGAGCCUAACCAUUAUGUGAUACAUCCGUCCGCUAACGUUUUCGCUUGGCGAAAACAAAGUCCGUCUGGUUACAGUUUCUGCUUCCCGGGACAAACUACUCCAGCCUCGCGCCUGCCGCUCCUGUUGCGACUCGUGACGUAUCUGCGAGGAAUAGACAGCGUCGAGAGAGUCAGCUGCCUCACUAAUGCGCCGAAACCUAAUCCGUUUCUCAUAAAAGUCACGCAUUUACACCUCCAGCACUCAUGCCUGUUCCGCGAACCCGCUUGUAGUUGACUCAAAAGCAGUGUCAGAUGCUUCACUAGUGCCACGAAACCCUAAUUCGGCUUUCAGGCGUUUCAAAACGAAACCCUAAUUCGGCUCCAGUUAAAGCCCGAAGCCCCGAGUCUCCACCUGCUGCAGAGAUGCCUGUUCCGCGAAACCGUUCCGGCGGCUUCACGCCGAAAUCAGGCAGCGCCUCGUCCCUGUUUAAAGCCUCCUCCUCCUCCUCGUCCUCCUCCUCGUCCCCCUCUCUCUCCUCGCGGCUCUCCUGGAAUGACCUCGCUCCGGCGCUGUCCGUAGCGCUGCUGCUUGUAGCGGGUAUGCUGCUCGCGGUGACGUACAUCCGUGUGUCGUCAAUGCGGUGCAAUGCGGUGCAGCUGGAGCAAUACGUGAGGCUCAAGGGAGGAUCCAGGGAGGAGCGGCAGAAUCUGGUGGAGAGGCAGAAUGACAUUGGCAAGCGAACAGCUGAAGCUCUUCGCGAAGCCGUUCAGCUGGUUCCUGGAUGGCAGGCCACCGCAGUACAGAAAAAGCCAUCCUCCUCCCUGCCGCCUGCCUCUGCAGCUGCUGGCGGCCUGGCGGCGGUGAAGCAUGCCUUCAAGCAGAUCGUGCUGUCCCGCAUUGAGCGUGCCAUCGCUCGCCAGAAGGAGCACCUUCAGAUCAGGGGAGUCAUCAAGAAAGCAGCGCAGCGGGCAGGCAAGUGGUCAGCAGCCAUGGGCACCAAGAGCUGCCCGCCCUGCCCUGACUGCUCGCAGCUACAGCAGCAGCAGCAGCAGGGGCAGCAAGAGGGGGGUGUCGUCGAUCUCGACUUGCAUUUUCCCUCCUCUUCCGCAUCCUUGCCUUCUGCUCUGAGGGUCGUGGGACCGCUCUGCACCGCAUCCGGGUUUGUCGACUGCGGCUGCCCGUAUGGCGAGUCGGGCAGGGUGGAAUUUUCCACGGGGCUGCCCGGCCAGCAAGAGGAGGAGGGUGAAGGGGAAAAGAAGCCGCUGUGUGUGGAUGGCAGUUCUCCUGGCAGAUGGACGGGCUUCAGCCAAUGGGAGGCUGACAACUGUCAGUACAGGGACAUCCCUCUACCCCACUUGCAUCAGUGCCUGAACAACAAGUGGGUGCAUUUCUUUGGCGACCACACCUCCCGCCAUCUCGCCCUCUACUUUGCGCGCCUGCUGGGGCUGCAGAAGCAAGGCGAAGGGGAGGAUGACGGGGAGGAGGGCGACGGGCCGUUCGGGGGAGAGAUGGUGAGACGAAGGCGGCUGGCGUUGGAAAGUAAUGGAGAGAGGGAGGGGGGCGAGGGUGGGCUGGAGGAAUGGAGGACGCAUGUGAGGAGGAGCAGCAGCAGUGCCACCACUACGAUCGCAACUGCCAGCAGCAGCAGCACCAACAUCAGCAGCAGUGGGCGGAGGGUGCUAGCAGCGACAGAGCUAGGGGGCAGUGGCAGGGGGGAAGGCGGGCCAAGAGUGACGUACCUCUUCCGGGGCAAGAUGGCCCGGCAGCGACACCCGGAGCCCGGCACGCCAGAGCAGCGCGAUCUGAACGACCAGUUCCUGAUGAACAUGACCAGAAAGGGGGGCCGGCCGGAUUUCAUUGUGAUGAAUGUGGGGGUGCACGAGGUGAUGGGGUGGGGGAAGAGGCCAGCUCCUGACCUCAGCUUCGACUCGUUUCGGGAAGAUACCGAGAAGCUUCUGGACCUGCUGAAGCGGACGUACGGAGGGGGGAGUGUGGUGUGGUGGAAGGGGAAUUACAUCUGGCCAGGAGCCGUGCUUAUGGAGGAGUAUUUCCAGGUGCAGCAGUUUCACGAGCUCUAUCAGGCGCAUGCGUACAGAAGGUUCCAGGAAGCGGGGCACGUUGUGGCCGACUUUUACCAGACCACCAGGGACAGGCCAGAGCUGGUGGCUUCACAAGACGGGACUCGAUAUAGUGUAGAAGUUAUGGUGCUGCAUGCGAAGAUCAUUGCCAAUAUUCUAUGCAACCAUAAGUGAGCACUAAGGGUACAUUCUGUCAAAUUAUAUAUUUAUAUAUAUAUAUUUAUUUAUUUAUUUGUUUAGGCUUGGCCUCUGGAUAGGAUUCGAAGUACUUUUUCUUGUAAGGGUACUCGCUUGCUGCCACUUUUUCUGUAAGGGUAUUUUUUUUA